AUGGCGCCCGUCAUGGAUAGCUCAGCCAUUCCUGGCACAGUGACCCUGGUAGAUGUGGAGCAUGUGCUACAUACACGGCAUCUAGACAGUGGCAAUGGGGAUAUUGUGUUGAUCCCGACCCCUUCGAAUGAUCCAGAUGAUCCACUGAACUGGAGUCACAAGCGAAAGUUACUAUCGACUGUCUGUGUGAGCGUGUAUACUCUGUUCGCUGGUAUCGCCUGCUCGGUCGUAUACUCGGUGCUUACCCCUUUGUCGAAAGAGACCGGGCUAUCGGUCAGUACACUCAAUGAAGGAACCGGAUAUAUGUUUUUGUUGGCGGGAUGGGGUCUGCUAUUCUGGCAGCCAUUCGCCAUGCAGUUUGGCAAGCGUUUGACUUAUAUACUGUCGUUGGCGGGUAUUUUGGGAACCACGAUGUGGGGGCCAUAUGCCAACACACAAGGGCAAUGGAUUGCCCGAAACGUCAUCUCAGGCUUCUUCACAGCACCUAUUGAAGCUCUUCCUGAAAUCAGCGUGACCGACGUGUAUUUCACCCACGAACGUGGAACGUACAUGGGUCUAUAUGCCUUCUUCCUUGCCGGCAGCAACUACUUCGCCCCAGUGAUCUGCGGCUUCAUCGCCGAAUACCAAGGCUGGCGCUGGGUCUUCUAUUGGCCCAGUAUUUUCGUCGGCUGUGCCAUGGUCUUCUUGUUCUUGUUCAUGGAAGAAACGAAUUACGUCCGCGAGCACGUGGAAGACACAACCAUCGCCAACGUGCGACUCAGCUCGUCGAAUAGUUCACAGAGCGGUGAUCCUGAGAAAGCCGUUCCAGUGUCAGAUCAGCCUUCGACUGAAGAGGGAACUAUGUAUACGAAGAAGUCGUAUGUCCAGAAGCUUGCGCUUUUGGGACCGAAGCAGAAGCAGAAUACUAUGUUUCGACGACUUUGGCAGAGUCUUUAUUAUCUUUCGUGGCCGGUUAUUUUUUAUGCUGGAUUCUCAUAUGGCUCAUACCUCGUUUUGUUCAAUAUUCUGAACGGCACCGCAUCCAUCAUUCUAGGCUCAGCGCCUUACAACUUUGGCACGUCCAUGGUCGGCCUCAGUUACGUCGCAUGCUGUCUAGGAGUGGCCAUGGGAUCAAUCUUCACCGGUCGCUUCAGCGACUGGCUAACCAUCAAACUAGCCCGCCGCAACGGCGGUGUCAUGGAAGCCGAACACCGACUAUGGCCAUUCGUUGCCUGUCUCAUCCUCGUUCCAGGUUCACUGUUGCUCUGGGGUGUCGGUGCCGCACACGAGGUGCACUGGUUCGGUCUUAUCGUGGCCAUGUGCAUGCUCGCAUUCACCAAUACCUGCGGUAUCACCCUGAGCGUCAAUUAUCUAGUUGACAGCUACCGGGAGCUAAGCGGUGUUGCUAUGGCGAGUGUGAUUCUCGUGCGGAAUACCAUGUCGUUUGCCAUCGGCUAUGGUAUCACGCCCUGGAUCGACAACAUGGGAUACCAGAACUGCUUCAUUUCGGCGGCUUUUGUGGGUAUGGCCUGCGCAGCGGUGUUCCUGGUUAUGAUCAAGUUUGGCAAGGGGUGCCGUAUUCGCAGUCGGGAGAAAUAUUGGGCGAUCGUGCAGGAGAAUGCGGAGAAGGGGAUGGGUCAUUAG